UGGCAGCAACUAGCAAAGAAUGGAGUUCAUUUUGCCCGCCUGCCCGCCCGUCCGUCCUCGUGUAUAGAGCCAUCCGUGGCUUAACAUGGCUCAGUCAUGGCUGAAUAUCUGGCACCAUCUCAGCCUUGGAGUGGCCUGCCAUUUGUGGUGCACCAUUCCUUUUCCGGUAAGGAUCCGACAAAAUUUCCGUCUUUGUGACACCAUGCCGAUUGCCCGGCCCAGGAGUGGACGGCUGGGAUGGGGCUAGGCCUUGUGUUCUGGAGCCGAAGAGACAAACCUGGACUGCUCCAGAAUACGACCAUCACUAUUGUUUGUGGCCCGCUUUCCCGGGCCCAUAUCGUGAAGAUACUUGUACAAUCCGAUUGUUGUGUCUAUAGGAAGCAUAUGCACGGAAUGCAUAUAUUCCCCUAUUGCUCGCUGAGACUGUCAUAUUUAGAUUUUCGGUGUGCGCACGCAGUACAUCUUACGACAAUGCAUGGAGGUAGCACAAUAAAUGAUUUUCGUUACAGAUGCACACUGUACGUGGCUGUAGAUUUGGAAAGGUCUAACCCUCACCCCCUCCCCAGAAAUCUUCCCUACCGACUGCACCAGACAGACAGCGCAUUGUGGAAAAUUCAUGCUUGCUACGCUGGGCUUCUCCAUAGUCGUACCCGUCGGCCAAACAGCGGAUGGUUCAAUCGUGGUCUAUAUGCAGACAUCCCUCCGGCCGUGUUGGCUGGCUAGGAAGGUUUGUGCGAGGCACCGCCAGAAUUACUGAGUUGAGUAAGAGGUCGUGGUCAAUGCUAGUGACUGUCACAAUUGUCGCGCUAAGAAAAACAACCCCAGUGUCAGCACCAAGGCUUCUGAAGCCAAGCCGUAUAUGCAAGUUCCGCUAAUUGCCAUUUUCGCAC